AUGGUGUUCAAGCCCUUUAAACCUCCUUUGAUUAGGAAGCCUGAGACAACACAGCCGGCACAAGAACAGGAAACAUCCUCUAAGGCACCUGUGCACCAGGAAGAUGCAGCACCUGGGCCCGAGACGCGGCCAACACCAUCCGGAGUCCGAAAGCCUCUCCAUCAAGUCAGAAAUGUGGGGAAGGAAUCUGGGGAGAAGGUGACGCCUGCACCCGAAGCCAUCAAACUGGUAGGCGAUGAGAAGUUUUUCAACGCCCUUUGGAGAAAACCAAGCGCCAAGAAGAACAAGACAUGGGAUGGCGACGGUAUCCUCACGGCUCGCGCCGGCUAUGUCACCUUGCGAGAUGUGGGAGGCAAAGAUAUGGGACGUGCAAUGUUUGAGGCAGAGCUGGAGCCUGGCAAGAUGCUCUACGUGGGUGGGAAAGAAGUCGAGGUUGACUCUGAAAUACCUCGCAGAGAAUAUCUGGCCGGAAAGAACAUCGUGCAAGCCACAACAUCGACACCGCAAACACUGAAAAAAUCCAGAAAGACUCCUGUGUCCGCCCUGAAGAGCAGCGGUGACCAAAUCUCAAAGACCCUAGGCCGGACCGGAUCUUUGAAACGAGAUGCAUCGGCAUUGGAUGGGGAUGGAAAGGGCCACUCGGGCUUCAGUGCCUAUAAGAAGCCAUAUCUCGACGAUUCAAUCCUGCCAACCCAUCCUGUCAAAGUGGUUCCUCGCCAUGAUCCGACCGCGCCGGGAGCUUUGGUUAUGCCACGACCCACCUCUGUUCCUGAUGGGAAGCAGAUUGUAGAUGUGGUUGUUGAUCCACUAUUGACAAAGAGUUUGCGGCAGCAUCAGCGAGAAGGUGUUCAGUUCUUGUACGAAUGUGUCAUGGGGAUGCGAUCUUUCAAUGGCGAGGGGGCAAUUCUAGCAGACGACAUGGGCAUGGGAAAAACAUUGCAGACCAUUGCUUUGCUGUGGACCCUCCUGAAACAGAACCCGAUAUAUGGCGCUCCUCCAGUAAUCAAGAAAGCUUUGAUUGUCUGCCCUGUGACUCUUAUCAAUAAUUGGCGAAAGGAGUUCCGCAAGUGGCUCGGUAACGAACGCAUUGGAGUCUUUGUCUUUGAUGACAAGCGGAAACGUCUGACCGACUUCACCAAGGGAAAAUCUUACAGCAUUAUGAUUGUGGGCUAUGAGAAGUUGAGGACGGCUCAAGAGGGUCUGGCCAAGGGCGCUGGUGUCGACAUCAUCAUUGCAGACGAAGGUCAUCGACUCAAAACCCUUUCCAACAAGAGUGGCCAGGCCAUUCAAUCUUUAAAUGCAGCAAAGCGAGUCAUUCUUUCUGGUACCCCGAUCCAGAAUGAUUUGAGCGAAUUCUUUGCUGCAGUCGAUCUUGUGAACCCCGGUAUUCUAGGCACAUUCAAAGCCUUUAUUCGAGAAUUCGAAACUCCAAUUGUCCGCAGUAGGCAGCCCGAGGCUACCAAGAAAGAAAUCGAAAAGGGUGAAUCCCGAAGCGAAGAGCUUCGAGAACUUACAUCCAAGUUUAUCCUUCGCAGAACAGCAGACAUAUUGGCCAAAUACCUGCCUCCCAAGACAGAAUACGUACUUUUCUGCAACCCAACUCGCUCACAGGCCACUAUCUAUCAAGCCGUUCUUGCAUCUCCUCUCUUUCAGUCUGCCAUGGGCAAUUCCGAAAGUGCUCUCCAGCUGAUCACUAUCUUGAAGAAACUUUGCAACAGCCCGUCGCUACUUACAGCCAAGAACAACACUUCCCCAAGUGAAACUAUUACCUCCCUUCUCGCCUCUCUACCACAAAACCUCAUGCGCCACUUCUCUCCCUCAGCAAGCGCCAAAGUUCGAGUCCUCGAUCAAAUGCUGGAUAGCAUGCGAUCAAACACAUCCGAAAAGAUUGUCCUCGUCUCGAACUACACCUCAACCCUCAACCUCCUCGCUAACCUUCUAACCUCCCUCGGCCUCCCCUUCCUCCGUCUAGACGGAAGCACUCCCGCCCAAAAACGCCAGCCCCUAGUCGACGACUUCAACCGCCUCCCUGCCGACAAAUGCUUUGCGUUCCUGCUGUCCGCCAAAGCUGGCGGCAUGGGCCUCAACCUCAUAGGCGCCAGCCGUCUCGUCCUUUUCGACGUCGACUGGAACCCCGCAACAGAUAUUCAAGCCAUGGCUCGCAUCCACCGCGACGGACAAAAGCACCACUGUCGGAUCUAUCGCGUCAUUUUGAAGGGUAGUCUCGAGGAGAAGAUCUGGCAGCGACAGGUCACCAAACUUGGUCUUGCGGACAGUGUCAUGGAGCAUAAAAACAGCGUCGCACAAUUCUCUACUGCUGAGCUGCGUGACUUGUUCCGUCUGGACGAAGAAAGUCGCUGCCAGACUCAUGAUUUACUCGGCUGUGACUGCGGUGGCAAGGGUAUUGUUGCAUCGUCAUCUUAUGAGGUUACCACGCCUAAUCUGAAGACCGAUGAGGACGGAGUUAGUGACUCUGAGCUCACGGAGCUAAGUGAUGAAGAGCCUGAAUUCCCGAAAUUGGUCAAAGCAUCUGAGGUCGAUAUGGAGGAACAGGAACGCUCAAUCCGUGAUUCGUCGCGAAGAGGCAGGAAGCAGAAGGAUUCUAUGCAUCAGUCGCUGGCGCAGUACGCACAUAUUGACCCUUCACUUCUUGCUAGUGCCGAGGGUGAAGAGGAUGUGGCUGCUAUUAUUGACGAUGAUGUCCUUCAUUCUUUGUUGAAGGAUGAGUGUAAUCGCAUUGGUUAUAUCUUCAAGAAGGUAAAUGUUGCUGAGGUGGAGAGCCAAGACACUGUGGCUGCAGAUGGGGAUGGGGAUAUUGUUGUUGAUAAUGAGUGA